CCUCCGUUCAAAAGGGUUGUUCUGUCAUACACAUAUCCCUUACAGUCUAAAAAUGCAGUCGCUUGCCAAGCAACUUUCUGCGACACCGCGCAAGGCGGGUCGCCCGCAGCUGUGCGCGCGGGAGCGGUGCGCGCGGGUCGUGCGUGCACAGGCGGCAGGCGCCCCGGCCCCUGCCGCGCCGGCAGCUGCCGCCGCUGCUGCCGCCAACAGCGAUGAGCCCAAGUACGUCAAAAACGACAAGAUCUGCAAGGACGUUACCGAGGUUAUCGGCAACACGCCCAUGGUCUACCUGAACCGCGUCACCCGGGGCUGUGUGGCCAAGGUGGCGGCCAAGCUGGAGAUCAUGCAGCCCUGCAGCAGCGUCAAGGACCGCAUCGGCCGCAACAUGAUCGAGGACGCGGAGAAGCGCGGCAUGAUCAAGCCCGGCGUCACCACCCUGGUGGAGCCCACCAGCGGCAACACCGGCAUCGGCCUGGCCUUCACCGCCGCCGCGCGCGGCUACAAGCUCAUCCUCACCAUGCCCGCCUCCAUGUCUCUGGAGCGCCGCGUGCUGCUGCGCGCCUUCGGGGCGGAGCUGGUGCUCACGGACCCCGCCAAGGGCAUGCGCGGCGCCGUGGAGAAGUGCAACGAGAUUGCGGCCAAGACGCCCAACUCCUACAUCCUGCAGCAGUUCGAGAACCCCGCCAACCCCGAGAUCCACCGCCUGACCACGGGCCCCGAGAUCUGGCGCGACACGGCCGGCACCGUAGACAUCUUGGUGGCGGGCGUGGGCACCGGCGGCACCGUGACCGGCACCGGCGAGUUCCUCAAGUCCAAGAAGCCGAGCCUGCAGGUGAUCGCCGUGGAGCCGUCCGAGAGCCCCGUGCUCAGCGGCGGCAAGCCCGGCCCCCACAAGAUCCAGGGCAUUGGCGCCGGCUUUGUGCCCGCCAUCCUCAACACCACCGUGUAUGACGAGGUCAUCAAGAUCCCCAGCGACGACGCGGUGCGCAUGGCCAGCCGCCUGGCGGUGGAGGAGGGCCUGUUCUGCGGCAUCAGCUCCGGAGCCGCGGUGUUGGCGGCGGUGCAGGUGGCGGCGCGCCCCGAGAACGCCGGCAAGCUGGUGGCGGUGGUGCUGCCGUCCUUCGGCGAGCGCUACCUGUCCUCGGUGCUGUUCAACGACCUGCGGUUGGAGUGCGAGCAGCUCAAGCAGGACGAGCGGGUCAAGGUGGUGGACGCUGCGGGCCGCGAGCGCUACGUGCCGUGAGCAGGAGGAAAGGAUAGCAGGAGCAGGAGCAGCGGCAGCGGGAGGAGCAGCGGGAGGAGGAGCAGGAGGAGGAGGGGUCCGGGUUGUGGACAAAAGCGGCUUGGGGCGGGAGUUCUUGUGUAUUGUGCGGGCUGCCGCGUGCGAGAUGCAGCGGCGUGCCUUGCACGUUGCAUCCUGGCGGGAUGGGUCCCGAGACCCGAGGCUUCUGGCUGCUGCGCUAGCGCUUGCACGUUGGACUGCGUAGGGUGUAGCUCCUUGGACAAAGCUUUGCCGGAAAUGGCAGUGGCUGUGACUUUGGCAGUGAGCACGGUAGAUUGCGUGCGGGCUUGGCCGUCGUGCGUUUCAACGUGCGUGUUGGGCGACGUGGGUGCGAGUGAGGGUGUGUGCGAUUACUAUGGAAGGGACUGUGACUUGGGUGGGAGCUGCGUGGGUGCUCGAAUGCCCUGUGCCUGUGUGUGUAUGUGUGUGUGUGUGCCGAUUACUGAUGUUCGGGUCAGCAGGAUGGGACUGGCCGUCUCUGUGAUGGAGGUAUGCGGGUGUGCAGCUGGUGGGGGUGUAGGCGGUGGGGCUGCUGGUGCUGGCUGCUGCGGGUGAAGCGGUGGCCGGAUGCCAGCAGUGGACAGUGGAAGUGGACAGGAAGGCCCUGCUGCAGGCCGCCACCUGUAAACUCCCGGCGCU